AUGACAACUUACUCUUGCCAGGAUCAGCUACAAAAACUUCCUAUUCCGCCUUUGGAAGAGACUUGCAAGUCCUAUUUGAGGGUGUUAAAACCACUUCAAACCUCGAGAGAGUACGAGAGAACAAAAGAGGCAGUAGAGAGGUUUUUGAAAGACGGAACUGGGGCAUACUUAGAUCAGGAGUUAAGGAAGUAUUCAGAGACUAGAAACUCUUAUAUUGAACAGUUCUGGUACGAUUCGUACUUGAGCUAUGACUCUCCUGUCGUUCUCAACUUGAAUCCUUUUUUUCUAUUAGAGGACGACCCCUUCACUAACGACUCAGUUGGUUCUCAAACUCAGGUCAAAAGAGCAGCAUCUCUUACUUUAAGCUCUUUAAAAUUUAUUAGAGCAUUGAAGAAUGAGACUUUGCCGGUUGAUAGACUCAAAAAUGGGCAACCCUUAUGCAUGUAUCAAUAUUCUAAACUAUUUGGUGCUUCUAGAAUCCCUACUGAAGAUGGAUGCGUGAUGCAAACAGAUCCAAAAUCUAAUCACAUUGUUGUAAUGUCAAAAUCUCAGUUUUAUUGGUUUGAUGUAUUAGAUACAAAUAAUAACUUAGUAUUAAGUGAACCUGAGUUGAUUGUAAACUUGAAUUCUAUAGUUCACGAUUCUUUGAACACACCUAUAAAUGAGAUUGCCAGAUCUUCAUUUGGAGUAUUGACCACUGAAAACAGAAGAAUAUGGGCCAAGAUUAGAAACUCGAAUACAAUCAAGAAGAAUUCUGUGAACAGUGAGAUUCUUUCUAUCAUUGAUUCAGCGUUAUUCAUAUUGUGCCUUGAUGACAUUAAAUUAGAGAACUUAUCAGACUUAUCAAAGAAUAUGUUAUGUGGUUUAUCCAUAUUAGAUAAGGGAGUUCAAGUUGGAACUUGUACCAAUAGAUGGUAUGAUAAAAUACAAAUUAUUGUAACUCAAAAUGGUAAGGCUGGAGUUAAUUUCGAGCAUACUGGAGUGGAUGGACAUACGGUCCUAAGAUUCGUGAGUGAUAUUUAUACCGACUCGAUUCUUUCAUUCGCUCACUCGAUUAACAAAAAUACGCCUUCUUUAUGGGAUGAGCCUGACACUGCUACUGAAGCACCCAAGGGCGAUCUUGUUACGAUUCCUCGAAAAUUAGAGUGGGAUUUGACCCCAGAUUUAUCUUUAGCAUUACGUUUUGGAGAGACUCGUCUAAGUGAUUUAAUUAACCAAAAUGAAUUCAAACAUUUGGAGUUCAAGGAUUAUGGGUCUUCGGCAAUUAAAAAAAUGAAACUUUCACCAGAUGCCUUUGUUCAAAUGGCAUUUCAAGCAACUUAUUAUGCAUUGUAUGGUAAAGUAGAAUGCACAUAUGAGCCCGCAAUGACCAAGCAAUAUUUUCAUGGCAGAACAGAAGCAAUUAGAACGGUCAGUGAGGAGUCUAAUUUAUUUGUUAGGAAAUUUUUUGAUCCCUCUGUUGCAGAUUCUGAAAAAUUGAGCUUUCUAUCAAGUGCUUGCUCUCAUCAUUCCAGCCAGUCAAGGCAAUCUUCUGUUGGAAAAGGUGUAGAUAGACACUUAUAUGCUCUAUUUUGCAUUUGGAAAAGAUAUGUUGACUCUGCUGAGGAAGCUGAGGGUGCAAAGGAGCAAGGAGAUACUGCCGCACAUGUGGAGGCCGAUUCAUCGACAAACAGAGAAGGAAUAUCAGAGCCUAGGUCUUCUAUCGUGACUCUUGUCGACGAUAAUGACGAUUCAAAGACAAGCUCUUCGGACAAUACAAUUGGAAAUGAUGUUUCAAGUUCGAAGUCUAUGCUAAUGCAGUUGCCAGAUAUCUUCGCAGAUAGUGGCUGGGACAAAUUGAAUAACACAAUUAUCUCCACUUCAAAUUGUGGAAACCCAUCUUUAAGAUUAUUUGGAUUUGGUCCCGUCUCUGCUAAUGGGUUUGGAAUAGGUUAUAUUCUCAAAGACGACUCUAUCGCGUUCUGUGCUUCUUCAAAGCACAGACAGACAGAAAGGUUCUUAGUCACUUUAAAUUCUUACCUUCGUGAGAUAUAUGCUAUGUUUAAAGAAGUGAAUGAACGUGCGAAGUAUUCAAACGAUUUUAAGAGCCAGAAAGUUCCGAAGACUGAUGUGUCCAAUUUAUUGGGUGGAUACGGUUACUUUGACAUGGGAGACAAUGAAAUGAAGUCGAGAGAUGCUACACCAGAGCCCCCAUUUUUGAACAGGGCAAAUAGCGGAUUCUCAAUUAGGGAAAUAGGCAAAAAAUUGAGACUUUCUGAGUAUUGA